UCGGGCUCGCGGGCUCAGCGGGGGGUCCCUCCCCCCGGGGCGGGGCUGGGGGGGGCGCCGGCGGCCCCCGGGCGGGAUGUGGCGCCUGGUGCCCCCGAAGCUGGGCCGCCUGUCCCGCUCGCUGAAGCUGGCGGCGCUCGGCAGCCUGUUGGUGCUGAUGGUGCUGCACUCGCCGUCGCUGCUGGCGUCCUGGCAGCGCAACGAGCUGGCGGACCGGCGCUUCCUGCAGCUCAAUAAGUGCCCGGCGUGCUUCGGCACGAGCUGGUGCCGCCGCUUCCUCAACGGGCAGGUGGCCUUCGAGGCGUGGGGCCGCUUGCGCCUGCUGGACUUCCUCAACGUGAAGAACGUGUACUUCGGGCAGUACGGUGAGCCCCGCGAGGGUGGCCGCCGCCGCGUCGUGCUCAAGCGCCUGGGCUCGCAGCGCGAGCUGGCGCAGCUCGACCAGAGCAUCUGCAAGCGGGCCACGGGCCGCCCGCGCUGCGACCUGCUCCAGGCCAUGCCCAAGACGGAGUUCGCCCGCCUCAACGGCGACGUGCGGCUGCUCACGCCCGACGCCGUGGAGGGCUGGUCCGACCUGGUGCACUGCCCCUCGCAGCGCCUGCUCGACCGCCUGGUGCGCCGCUAUGCCGAGACCAAGGACUCGGGCAGCUUCCUGCUCCGCAACCUGAAGGACUCGGAGCGGAUGCAGCUGCUGCUCACGCUCGCCUUCAACCCCGAGCCGCUGGUGCUACAGAGUUUUCCAUCUGAUGAAGGCUGGCCAUUUGCAAAAUACCUUGGAGCAUGUGGAAGAAUGGUGGCUGUAAAUUAUGUUGGAGAAGAACUAUGGAGCUACUUCAACGCACCCUGGGAAAAACGUGUCGAUCUGGCUUGGCAGUUAAUGGAAAUAGCGGAACAGCUUACUAACAAUGACUUUGAAUUUGCACUCUACCUCCUAGACGUCAGUUUUGACAACUUUGCAGUUGGUCCUAGAGAUGGGAAAGUGAUCAUUGUAGAUGCUGAAAAUGUUUUGGUUGCAGACAAAAGAUUAAUUAGACAAAAUAAACCUGAGAACUGGGAUGUAUGGUACGAAAGCAAGUUUGAUGACUGUGAUAAAGAAGCUUGCUUAUCAUUUUCAAAAGAAAUUCUUUGUUCUCGCGCCACUGUGGAUCACAAUUACUAUGCUGUUUGUCAGAACCUCUUGUCCAGACACGCCACCUGGCGGGGCACUUCCGGAGGACUGCUUCAUGACCCACCGGGCGAAAUCGCCAAAGAUGGCCGGCUGGAGGCCUUGCUCGAUGAGUGUGCCCGCCCAAAGAAGCGGUUUGGCCGAUUCCAAGCCGCAAAAGAACUGCGGGAAUAUUUAGCACAAUUAAGUAACAAUGGGAGGUAGUCCAUGCUGAUUUUUUUUUCCUUCUUUUCCCCUUUGACUAGCACUGGCUAAAACUAAAGAUAUUGCUCUAUGAGGAGAAAUGAAAUUUGCAAGAGUUACCUUCAAAAGAUAAAUUUAAUCUAGUAAAUCUAAUACAUUAACAUUCAUCAAAUGUGGCAUAUCAAAGAUAUGAUGCUUCUCUGCAAACAAAUGUGUAUCCAUCUUAUGAAGAUUGGAGCUACCAUUGACUUUCUUCUCCCUUGAAUAUCUGAGGGGUAGAUCAGCAAUUAUUGUAAAGCUAUUGGAAAUAUCUGAUAGCUUAAUUGGCUUGUGUAUCAAAGGGUACUUGACAUAGCCUGCAUUAGUAUCACAAUUCUGUGAAGCUCUUGCAUUUACUUGGAAAGUCAAGUUAGAAUGGCCUGUUUUAUAGGCCUCUUUUCCUCCUGAUAUGUGGGAGUUUUUUUUUCUUUCUAUUUUAUGUUCAUCUUAUUAAAUUUAUAUACAUGCAGCUAAAUGUAGGUAUUGCAUUUUUUAAAAAACUUAACUGGUUUUCAUUCAUUGCUGUGUGGUUCAUAUUUACUACAAGGGCAGGAUUCCCAUGUUUACUGUCUUUCAACUGGAUAGUAUGUAUAUGCCAGUUUUUUUUUUUUUCUUUUAACAUUCUGGGUACAUUGUGAACUUUAUUUUCCUUUCUUGUGGUUCUGUCAUUACAGCUCUCAUAUAAGAGUGCUUCAGGUCAAUUAGUAGUUAUACAAAUUUCUACCCACUAUGCCAAUAAGUAAAAUUGAGCAGGGAGUUCUUGGCAUAUGUUUCAAAAUGUCUAAGUUAGAUUGACUAGAGGCUUUAAGAAGAGCUUAGUAGGAAGCUACAUCUGCUUUUGGCAGGGGAGGGGAAAAUCCCCAAAAUUUUGUUUUUAAAGGAAAAUUAGUCCAGUGGAGUAAAUAAAGCAUAUGCCAAAGAAACAUUAGUCAGUCCCUAGGCUAGAUUAAAAAAAAAAAAAAAGCAUUUUCAAAUUCUUUAGCCUGACUAACCUUAGGUUCAUUAGUCUUCUUGCUGUUUUAUUUUUAAGAUGUAAAUUUUUUUCAUUCCUUUUUAACAUUUGAUAGCUGAUUUCAAAGUUCUUCUAGGGCUGUACAUUUUAGGGUAAUUUUGGUCAUGUGAGUGGCUGUGUGGGUGUGUGGAUGUAUGUGUGGAUGCGCUUUCCCCGAGUCAACAAAAUCAUUUAAGUUUAUCAGUAUUUAAUGUUUUAUCUAUUUCAGGAGUAGGCAACUAUCUUGGUCAUGGAGGGACUGAUGUAAAUUUUUACUCCAAGGAAGGCUGAACAUGAGUGUAUGGUUUAGGCUAUUCAGCCAGUCUGCUUACUCUCUUAAUUAUGGUAUUCAUUGCUUAUAUACAAGGACGAUAGCUCCAUAUAUCACAGAUGAUAAUGCUAUGUGGGCCAUUUAAGACUGAUAAUCAUGCUGUAAAUUGCCUACUGUUGAUGUAGGUAAUUUUAGCUCAUUUCUGUUUACAGUACAAUUUGGUACAGUGUCUGACAUAAGAUUGACCUUAUUCUAAAUAAGAAAGUAAUUGAAAUAUGCACAACCAAAAUAACUUUCUUGAAAAUUACAAGAGCUUGGUUUUUGCAUUUUUAGACAAUUCUCAAUAGAGCUGUAAUAUUAAUAAUGAAAACAGUAGCCACUGUGUUUUUUACAGUAGCAAAAGCAUGGAAUUAAACCAAAAUUAUGGCUUCAUGAUGGUUUAUUUUGAAUACUGUAUUGGAAAUUUCUUUCAAGCCAAAUUAAGGGGUUUUUUUUUUUUGGUUAUUUUCUUUUUAAAGAGCAGGGUGAAAUAAAGUCGAUAGUUCUGAAAUUUUAUUUAAAUAUGAAAAAUUAGGUUAUAUUUGCCAAAAAUAAAAUGAGUACAGAUUAUGCAGAUCAUUUAGACUUUUAAGUUUUUUCUUAAUGUGGUCAUAAUCUAGCUCUCUAUAAAAUAUUUCUUAAUUGGAGAAAAUAAUUUAAAAGCUGCUUUGUACAUUCUGAAAGGUUUUGUCAUAAGUAAGUUUACUUUAUGGCAGACAUUCACUCCAUACUUUCAAAAGCCUUCAAAUAACAACUACAUUCUUGAAACAAAGCACCUUUUUAUUUGAAGAAUCUAUAUCACAAACCUUAGAAUACCAGUGAAAAUCAAAAACAAAGACCAUGACUUAACAUUGAAAUUGCUGUUCAUUUUACUUUCCCCCUUCAAGUCUGAUUUGAAUGUGUGAUUACUGAAUGGUAUAUGAGUACACUGCCAGCAAAGAUUGAUAGUAAAGGUAGUUUUUCAUAACUGGCAUUUUUCCCUUUUAAAUUUGUUGUGGGACUUAGUUCCUUUAGAAAUAGGCUGAUAAAGCAGAUUAUGGAAAGAAAUUGGAAUUUUAAAACUAUCGGGAACAACUUGUAUGUGAAAAGCAAUAAAUAUUUUGUUCAACUUGCACCUAUCAGAUAUUUAUUAUACAACAGCAGUUUAUAUUUUUAACCAUUGCCCAUUAAUAGACAAACUCGGUAAAAUAUUUUUGAAUGAGACAUUUGGGAUUUGUAUGUGCAUUAAAAUUGUCUUUUGUACUGUAAGUUGCUGUUUAAUUUCAAUAUUUUACCAGAACUGUCUCCCUGUGCCUUUAUAUUACAAAGUUGUUUCUACAACUUUUAAUGAUCUUAAUAAAGAAUUCUUUAUGACUCUCA